CGCAUCCUCCAGCGAGCGCUAUGACCGCCAGCGCGGAGCCGCGGGAGCGGCGGCCCGGGGUCGGAGUAGGAGUAGUGGUGACCAGCUCCAGGCAUCCUCGUUGUGUCCUCCUCGGCAAGAGGAAAGGGUCAUUUGGAGCCGGCAGUUUCCAACUUCCUGGGGGCCACUUGGAGUUCGGUGAGAGCUGGGAAGAAUGCGCUCAAAGGGAAACCUUGGAAGAAGCCGCUCUUCACCUGAAAAAUGUUCACUUUGCCUCGGUUGUGAAUUCUUUUAUUGAGAAAGAGAAUUACCAUUACGUUACUAUAUUAAUGAAAGGAGAGGUGGACGUGACUCAUGAUUCAGAACCAAAGAAUGUAGAGCCUGAAAAAAACGAAAGUUGGGAGUGGGUUCCUUGGGAAGAAUUUCCUCCACUAGACCAACUUUUUUGGGCACUACGUUGUUUAAAGGAACAAGGGUAUGAUCCAUUUAAAGAAGAUUUAAACCAUCUGGUGGGAUACAAAGGAAAUCAUCUCCAGGUGACCAAGAAGAUUCCGUGAUUUUUUAGAAAAAGACAAGAAUAAAGUCUGGUUAGGGAAUAAAAAGUAUCUACAUUUCAGAUCAACUCCAUUUUAUCUAAAAAGUUUCAUAUGAUUGCCAAUUAUUUGUAGUCUCUUAAUAUACCCACCACCAUUUCAGCCAGUACUUGAACAUAUUUUUCUUGAUAUGUGUCAUUGAAUUGUAUUUUAGACACAGAAUGUAUGAUAAAUAGUGAUUUUGUGGUUAAUCUGCUUUCCAUAUUUAUCUAUGAUAUUUACUGUGCAGUUUGUCAUUACCAGUUUGCAUGGAGUAGGGUGCGACAGAAUUUACCUUAGUGUUUCAAUUCAAAUAGAGAUCCUAAUUCAGAUUUUGUAAUUCAAAUUCAAAUACAGUAUGACUUGCAGAAUUUAUCAUGUUUAUUGAUUUUCCUCUUCUCUUUUAAUUAAAAAAAAAAUGUUUUGGUAAUAUGACAGUCUUUGCAGCUAGAGAGAACAGGACAGGCUAUGUAACUGGAUUUCUCACUUACUCUGUCUCAGGUCCAGUGUCCUUAUAUGUAUAAUGAGGAGAUUAGACUAGAGCAGUGGUUCUCCAAGUGUGGUCUAGAGGGUCCUCAAGAUCCUUUCUAGGGUACUUAAGGUCAAAAGUAUUUUUAUAGGACUAAGACAUUAUUUAUUUUUUUUUUGUUCUCAUUCUUUCAUGAGUGCACAGAGGAAUUUUACAGCAGCUACCUGAUAUGUUAUGUAGCAGACUGAAUACAAAAGCAAAUAUGAGAAUCCAGCUUUCUUCUGUUAAGUCACACGUUGAAGGCUGGCCGGUUAGCUCAGUUGGUUGGAGCACGGUGUUAUAACACCAGGGUCAAGGGUUUGGAUCCUUGUACUGGCCAGAUGCCAAAGGAAAAAAAAAAGUCAGACAUUAAAGAGAUUUGCAAAAAUGUAAAACCAUGCUACUCUUCUUACUAACAAAUGUGAGUUUAUUUUAGAAAAUAGUUAUUUUUUGUA